AUGGCAGCGCCGGUGGCUCUCCUGCUCGUGCUGCUCCUGCGUUUCUCCCCGAGCUGCGUCUCGUUCGCGGCUCCCGCGCCCGCCCCGGCCGAUGUCCCCACCCCUGCUCCCACACCCCUACAAUGCCCCCCCUUUCAGUAUUCCCAAGAGUUUAACGGGACCCAGUGCUGCAAUCCCCUGCAGGUCUGCCGCAAAACCGCCCCUGGCAGCCAAGGGCUCUCAAACUACACACCAACCUGCUGCGCCGAUAACAUGGCUUGUGUGUAUCAAAACUCCCCUUUCGCGACCUGCUUGACUCCCCCCCCGGAGGCGUGCACUGCCUGCCUGCCCUUCGACCUCUUGAAAUACGGGGGGAACACCUGCAGUGUCGGGAGAUUUGGGAGCUUCUGCUGCUAUUUGCAGCAGUGCGGGUAUCAGAGCCCAACGGACCUCGGUUUCUGCUGUGACCAGGGCGAAGAGACGCAGUGCACCCGACCCCUUACAGGGAUAGCCAGUCCUACUGCACGGGAGAUGUGCUGUAAGCCGGGGAAAAUCAUAUGCGACGACCAGUGCUGUGAUGAAGCAAAUUGUGUGCCCGUGGGGGCAAGCAACGUGGGCCCCUACAAGUGCACUGAGCAAGUCCCCACAAGUGCGCCCCCCCCUCCCGUCCUCACGUCUGCGCCCCCUCCUCCGGUCCCCACCGCCACGGGCCCUUUCCCUACAUUUGCGACUACAGCGGGAGCAGCGUGCGACCCGUCCUCUUCGCUCCCUUACACCUGCUACAACGACGUUGGUUCGCUCUUCACCUGCUGCCCGGACUCGAGGUGCCCUGUCCCAGGCCCGGUUCCCAAGUGCGCUGGAGACACCUCAACUCAAGGACCAACCCCCACGCCAGCUGUCACCGGUACCCCGACCUCGACUCCGGCUGCCACCACAGCAGCGCCAGCUGUCACGACCGCAGCGCCAGCUGUUACAACCGCAGCGCCAGCUGUCACGACCGCACCACCAAUUGCUACUGGCGCCCCGGCUCCGUCAGUUACUUACGCCACCGGCUCUGGCAACGCGUGCGAUCCGAGUUCGGCCCUCCGCUUCACGUGCUACAAUAGCGGCGGCUCGUCCUUCGCUUGCUGCGCGGAUCCCCAGUGCCCCGCCCCAGGCCCGGUGGCUAGAUGCGCGGGAGACCCCACCGCGGCCCCUACGCCAGCUGUCACCACCGGAGCGCCAGCUGUUACCACCACAGCGCCAGCUGUCACCACCGCGGCGCCAGCUGUCACCACGGCAGCGCCUGUCGCUACAGGCGCUCCAGCGCCGACGCCCACGUACGCCACCGGCGCUGGCUACGCGUAA